AUGCAACAGACAACAGUAAUUAAAUCCAAAACGACAAGUUAUGUAGUUUUGCAGGAUUUAGGAAGUGGCACUUAUGGAAGAGUUGUGAAAGCUUAUGACCAAAAUAACCCCACUCAUUUGGUGGCGAUAAAGCUAUUUCACCUUGAAGAGCACGAAGAUGAGGGAGUUCCAGCCACAUCUAUUCGUGAAUUGGAUAUAUUACGUACUUUAAACCACCCAAAUAUUGUUGACUUAUUUGAGGUCCAUUAUAGCAGGCCAACAGAUGGCUCACCAUUAUUAAUGGGAGUUUUUGAGCUUUGUGCGCAUGAUUUGAAGAAGCAUUGUAAAAUUCACACUCAGCAAUUGAGAGAUAGGUAUCCCGAUUUGAAGAAUCCCAUUGCAGAACAUACCGCAUGGGCAAAAGAGUUGAUGUUUCAGUUGCUGAAUGGAAUGGCGUAUUGCCAUGCUCACAAUAUAAUGCAUCGUGAUUUAAAACCACAAAAUGUACUUAUGGGGUUGGAUGGUGUUCUCAAGAUUGGUGAUUUUGGUCUUGCCAGAGCCUGCAGACUACCAAUACCUGAGUAUACCCAUGAUGUCCUCACUAUGUGGUAUAGAGCUCCAGAAAUUCUAUUGGGGAUUGACAAAUACUCUCCUUCUGUAGAUGUAUGGUCUGUUGGGUGUAUAAUGGCAGAACUAUUAAGAGGUGGUCAUGCGCUGCUUCCUGGAGAAUGCGAAAUAGAUAUGGUCUGGAGAAUUUUUAGGUACUUUGGAACCCCAAGUGAAGAAACUUGGCCUGAGAUUGGCAAACUCAAGUAUUUCGAUAAGAAUUUCCCCGUUUGGACUUGCAAUGUAAAGGAGAAUCUUAAAAAUCUAUGUAAAUUAGCCGACGCUUCCGCUAUUGACUUGCUCUCCAAACUACUAGUAUGCAAUCCAAACAAAAGGAUAUCAUGCAAAAAUGCUCUCUUUCAUUCAUGGUUCGAUGAUAUAGAUAGAUCGAAAUACGUUAUGUGGGAUAGUAGAGUUGUUCUUCCGUCUCCAAGAAACAUUAAUACAAGGUUUACUGAAAUGAUUAAUGAUGAAAACGUUCAGCAGAACAAUCGAGUUAAUCGUAGGUCUGUGACUAAAGGUGUUUCUUCCGAUAAAAGGAGAAGAGACUCAGAUAAAAGAAGUGCCAAGCCAACAGUUGUUGGGACUAUAUUGUGA